AUGUUAUGCUGGGCUAGGACGAUUUUAAAAAUCAGCGGCGCAAGAGUGCGCGCCGAGCUCGUCCGCGGCGGCGCUCCUGAGCUGGUGGCGGUGCAGCUUUGCUAUUUCCAUCCCAAGCUGUUGACCAAAAGAGAUUUCACCCUCGAUCCAACCAUUUCAAACAACCAAAGAAUAAUGAUGAACGCAAUGGCAGGUCUGCCAGCUGCUCUUGGAGGACAACUGGGGCUCGGAAUGAGCCACCAGGCAUUGAGCCAUCAGCUCAGCCAACUUAGCUCAUUUCAUGAUCAACUUGUGGGAACCCGUAGAAGUGCUUUUGGUAUCUCCGGUGGACGCAGCCGCAUGCCCGACGCGCACGUUGAGAUGCUGCUCGACUGCUACAAGAUGGUACAGGAGGAGAGGACGCUCGACUCAGGCAGACUCGGCAAGGGUGCUUUCCACCAGAUUACGGAGCAGCUCAACAAACGCACAGUCGCCAACUACUGCAAAGACCAAGUAACUGCCAAGCUCCAAAACCUGAAGGCGCAGUUCCGGCAGCGUCGCGCCGCCGUCGAAGCUGGCCACGGCGAAAUGCGAGACUGGAAAUGGUACGACCGUAUGGCCGAGAUCAUGUCCACCGAGUCAAACGGCAAGCAGGACGACAACAAUACUUCUUCAGCGAGUUAUUCGGACUUCAACUCGGACAGAACGCGCAAGUCGCCGCCGUCACAGUCGUCGCCAGUCGUGCAGCCGCCCACACAAGUGCCGACGUCUGUCUUCGGAAACAAUCUUCACCACGCAGCGGCGCUGAAUCCAAACUUGAGCAAGAUCUUGGCGAAUCUACCACCUCAGCUGAGAGAGAACCCGGCAGCGCUCGCUCAAUUGAUGAACAGUUCGAAUCCUCUCUUCAGCGGACUGCACAACUCUCCCCUUCCCAACCCGACUAUCCUCUCGCACGCGAUGUCGCAAGUGGCAGGCCUUCCAACUCCACAGCAACAGGCCACAGUCACAACAGAGAGCGACGAUGACCUCGAAGACAACAAAAACAACGUCUUCCAGCAGCAGCAGGCCGCUUUUCAAAGGAACCUGAUGGCUCGCGUGCAUGCAGGCAGCAGUUUCCCACAGCCCCAUUUCUCGGCCACCAACAAAUCACCGGAAACGACAUCAUUGAAGCGAGCCGCCCCCGACAGUUCUGAAUCACCCGAUCUGAAACGUGCGCGAGUCUCCCCACCGCCUACUUCGAUCCCCAACUUGCCCGGGGUCAACCCCGCCUUGGAAGGAGCAAUCGCAAACCUCAUGGCGCAGAAUGGGGCAAAUAGGGUGGCUAGCCCACUGGUUCCCAACGUGACGGACAUUGUCGCUGAAAUGACGACCGCAAAGAAGGAUUAUCUCAAUGGCCUCCGAAAUUUGGCAUUCCAGCUCUUCACUGGGCUCUCGGCUGUUCUCACUCAGAUGGAGCCAGUCAAUCAGAAUGAAACUGAAUUGUCUGCUGCACCGAUGAUGCCGCCAUCGCCGAAGCAAGAGCGCGUCAGCCCCGGCGCGCUAGAAACCUCGACUCCGAUUAAAGCCGAUGUCAGCCAAAUCAGAGCGGAACUUACGAUCGAAGAAGAGCCCGUGGAGUCGGAGAACUCGAAAGUGUCUGAAAUCACUCCCGUGGAAGCCGAGUAA